UCCAUUCUUCAUGUAUUCAUUCAAAGCCAUCACAAAUCUUUCUUACUAAUUAAUCUAAAAUCAUAUUCUUCAUCCCAUUUGUUUUCUUACCUACAACAUGAGUUUCAUGAUAGUUGAUUUGAUCCAAUACUUCAGGGACACCGGAAUCUAUUUGUUUUCAUCUCAACAUUCCAAGGUUCCACUUGAGAAGACGACCCAUGAUCCCAUACUAUCAAAAACACACCUUUCUUUCACCAACAACAAGACCACCUUUGACAAUCACAGUGUCCACGGAGAUGAUUUGGAGUUGCUGAUGGUGAAUCUCGGUGUUUCGGGCUGUGAAAAGCUACCCGAGGUGUUGAAUACUGAAGAUGUGUUUAAUAUUUUUGAAGAGGAAGAACCAAGAUUGGAUGAAGUGAAAGAAGCAUUUGAUGUUUUUGAUGAAAACAAAGACGGGUUUAUUGAUGUACAAGAGUUGCAGAGAGUUAUGUUGGUUUUGGGAUUGAAGGAAAGAAUGGAGAUUGAAGAUUGUAGGAGGAUGAUCCGAGCGUUUGAUCAGAACGCCGAUGGUAGGAUAGAUUUCAAUGAGUUUGUGAAGUUGAUGGAGAAUUCUUUCUGUUGAACUCUAGAGUGUUGUUUACCAUUCGUUUAUUGAUAAUCAUAUUUUUCGAAAGAUUUGUAUAUCAUUCUUUCUUGAUUUUGUAUUCGACGUAUCGAUUCGAAGGGUCUAUCGCUUAUUAUU